AUAGAUAUGUAUAAAAAGAGAUUAAAUUGAGGUAAGACUUCAGUUUUUUAUUAUUUACAGUAAAAUAAUACACCUCUGAAACAUGAAAGUGUUGGGAAUUAUUUACUUGUGCAUAGCUAGUGUCGUCUGUCAGACGACAGUGGAGCGUUUAGUGGCAGACGGGAGAUUCACGACGCUAGUCAGCUACGUCACUAAGGCGGGACUUGUCGGCACACUUAACAAUGGUACAUUCACCAUCUUUGCUCCGACUGAUGCAGCUUUCAAUAAGCUCGAUGCAGCCACCAAAACAGCACUUGAGAACGACAACUCCCUGCUUAAAGACGCUCUACUGUACCACGUCAUUUCCGGAAACGUACCGAGUUCAGCAGCGUCGAAUGAACUUAAAAUAACAAUGGCAAACGGCAAAGAUGCGCGCAUCAAUAUCUAUUCUCACAGCGGCAACAACGUCGUCACCAUCCAGGGCAACGUUAUUUCUCAGUUUGAUUUGAAUGCCAGCAACGGGAUAAUUCACGUUAUUGACAGCGUCAUGUUGGCUCCUACAGGAGACAUAGUAGACUACGUUUCGGGUAAUUCUGAACUCUCCACUCUUCUCAGUCUGGUCGUGCAAGCCAAUCUCACUACUGCACUUAAAGGGGAUGCUCUUACCCUUUUUGCUCCAUCUAACGCUGCGUUUGCAAAGCUUUCACAAGCACAGGUCAAUGAUAUCACAGGGAACGCGGCAAAACUUGCGGCAGUGUUAACGUAUCAUGUUGUAGGCAGUACGCAGUAUUCUGCUGGACUAUAUCAAAAGGAACAUCUAUCCCCGCUUAACUCCAACGACGAUCUUGUUAUCCACUUCACACACCAUCACACGGACGUGAAGGUAGAAAAUGCCCUCGUGACGUCACCAGAUAUAGGCGUAGCCAACGGCGUUGUACACAUCGUUGAUCACGUACUCAUUCCACAUGCAGAUCCAAUCGUUGGUUGAU